ACCAACCGUUGAACUUGGGACUUCCAAUGUAUAUGACGAGAGAGCGUAUAAGGAGGUCGUGUUAGAGAGAAACGAUGGAAGCUUAGACAGAGAGGGGUGAAAUUUUGGACAGAGAAUUGAGCUCAAAUGGGCAAUGUCGCGGCCUGCAAAUCCCUUUAAGCGCUUGUAGAUUUGCUGCCAUUAUUCUCUGAGCUUUUCGAUUUUUUCUCUCAUUUUACUCAUUCUCUCUCUAAGCUUUCGAAGCAGUGACAAAUAAAGUUAAUAGCCUUCAUCUCUGAGCUAAAAUGGCGGAAGCGACUGAAACAGUGAAUAAGACGCCUCGUCAAUUCUCUUCACUAUAUCCUGACAGAGGGAAAACAAUUGAAGAAUGCCAAGACAUGAUCCGUAGAAGUUUCAGAAGCCCCACUGUGAAAUUCCUAAAGGAGAACUUGGAGAAAGCGGGUUGCCGAAUUGGUGAGGAUUUUGUGAAGGCUGUCGAGUGCGAUAAGCAGAUAAGUGGUGGCUAUGUUCGUGGAGAUGGGAUUUUGGUUUGUAGUAAUCAUAUGAACAUGCAAGAUGAAGUAGACCAAGUUGUUAUCCAUGAACUAAUACAUGCAUAUGAUGACUGUCGGGCUGCAAACUUGGACUGGGCAAAUUGCGCACAUCAUGCCUGCAGUGAGAUUCGUGCAGGUCAUCUGAGCGGUGAUUGCCACUACAAACGUGAACUACUACGGGGACAUCUAAGAAUCAGAGGUCAUGAGCAAGAGUGUGUGAGGAGACGAGUCCUAAAGUCUGUCAUGGCGAAUCCAUACUGCUCAGAAUCAGCUGCAAGGGAUGCCAUGGAUGCCGUUUGGGAUGUCUGUUACGAUACAAAGCCCUUUGACAGGGCUCCUUAGGGAGCUUCCUCUUUUUUGGUUGCAUGCUCCCAAAAUCAUCAGUUUCUUUUCUUUCACAGAAAUUCAUAUUUAUAAAUCAAAUUCAUCUUCAUU